AGGUUUAGCGCUUACGGCAAGGUCACGGUGUUGCACGGUGCGUAAUGCACCUACAUUUAGCAACGAGGCAUGCCCCACAAAAUGUGCAUCAGGCACCCCGCACCACGUGUCGCGGAUGUAAAGGUCUAUAAAGGCCUCACAUUUGCCACCUCCAUCAGUUCAAAACUUCACCUCGAUAAGGUCUUACAAGAAAACAGCAAGUUAACAAAAAAAAAGCUGCAAAUAAUGGAACUUCAAGCGAGACUACCUCUAUCCGUCCUACUCUUGAGCGUCGUCUUCGUGGGGCUCAGCGCGUCGCCGGUCCCCAUCAACCUCCUGUCUAGGUUACGGAGGUCGGCCAGUACUACGACCGGUACAACCCUCGAGUCCAGCGUCCCCACUACAGAAGAGAGCUUGUCUACGGUGUCUGCCUCCCCGAGUGCCCGCGUCGUUCGCCAGGCACGGAGCGCCGAUUCCCUCAGUAUGCACUACAACUUACUUCACACAGAAGUACAUGUAGUCUCGAGAGAACAUCAGGAGUUGUAUUCAAACUACAAACGGGAGCGCUUUGGCAAUGAUACGGACCCGAUUGUACGCGACAUGGGCCUAAGUUACCUGCCGAGUGUGCACGACUUGGCGCACGAGAUUGUCAGAUCGUCUCUACCGGACUCGGAGCUGGUUACUGUGCACUACAACAAUCUCAUCAUCUUCAGGGACACACUGGCCAGAGUGCGGGACAGUGAGACACGGAAUGUCUCCGAGCGAGUCGACGCCGUCAUUAGGCCGCUGCGCUUGGUCAUCAACAGGCUAGAAACCACGAUGAUUUUGAAUGGGCAAGAAGACAGCAUCAUUCAUGUUGAGUCCUCCAUUCCAGAGUUCCACAGUGACGUCACCAUCCAGGAACGGAACAUGCGCACUCUGUUCGUUUUGCAAGAGUUUCACGAGUACAUGCCGCACGUGAUGCAUGACUACAAGAAGCUGGCCCACCGUCAUCAGUAAGAACUAUAGACUGGGUUUGAAUAAUAACAGCUGAAAAAAUGCAAUGUGUUCAAAAAGACCAUUUAUAUGUUUAUCUAUUUAUUUUAUACCUUUUUAUGCGAUGUCUUUCCAUAUUGAUGUCUCGAUUGUAUAUAUUCAGGUCCGCGUUUGUCGGAGGUUAUUUUCUAAGUAAUAAUUUAUUUAACUUAUUGUAUGUAGACAUUGUGUUUUCUAUUUAAUUGUUGCACCUACAAAUGAAUGUAUUCGAGUCAUAUUUAAAACAAUCAUCUAUAACUAUACAUCUUAAUCGAACACUGGUGCUAGAAAGUGUGAUCCAUGUUAAGAACAAUUUCAACUUUCUCGGGCAGGUAAAGAACUUUGGCCGAGUGCGUGAACUUUACACUUUGACCUCAACGUCCGGGGUCGACACUUACAAUUUUGAUGAUGCCAACGAAGGAAGUUGAAAUAAGUUCUAUUUAAAAAA